GAGGCGAAGGGGCGGGCCGGGGCGGGCUUCGGCGGCCGGGGGCGGGGAUUCGCGUCGUUCCGGGCUGCUCUUAGAGCCGGACCCGCGCGGGCGCCACGGACACCCGUCGUCGUCGUCGUCUCCGCUGCCACAGCCUGCUCAGCCGUCACCAUGAACCCGGACCUGCGCAGGGAGCGGGCCUCCGCCACCUUCAACCCGGAGCUGAUCACGCACAUCCUGGACGGCAGCCCCGAGAACACCCGGCGGCGUCGGGAGAUCGAGAACUUGAUCCUUAACGACCCCGACUUCCAGCAUGAGGACUACAACUUCCUCACGCGCAGCCAGCGCUACGAGGUGGCUGUCAAGAAGAGCGCGGCCAUGGUGGGGAAGAUGAGGGACUUUGGCAUCGCAGAUCCCGAGGAGAUCAUGUGGUUCAAAAAACUGCACUUGGUCAAUUUUGUGGAACCUGUGGGCCUCAAUUACUCCAUGUUUGGUCCUACCUUGCUGAAUCAGGGCACCACUGCUCAGCAGGAGAAAUGGCUGCACCCGUCCAAAGGACUCCAGAUAAUUGGCACCUACGCCCAGACGGAGUUGGGCCACGGAACUCAUCUUCGAGGCUUGGAAACCACAGCUACAUAUGACCCCCAAACCCAGGAGUUCAUUAUGAAUAGUCCUACAGUCACCUCCAUUAAGUGGUGGCCUGGUGGGCUUGGAAAGACUUCAAACCAUGCAAUAGUUCUUGCUCAGCUGUACACCAAGGGGAAGUGCUACGGAUUACAUGCCUUCAUUGUGCCAAUUCGGGAGAUUGGGACCCACAAGCCUUUGCCAGGCAUCACCGUGGGAGACAUCGGCCCCAAGUUUGGUUACGAAGAGAUGGAUAAUGGCUACCUGAAGAUGGACAACUAUCGUAUUCCCAGAGAAAACAUGCUGAUGAAGUAUGCUCAGGUGAAGCCUGACGGCACCUACGUAAAACCGCUGAAUAACAAGCUGACCUAUGGGACCAUGGUGUUUGUCAGGUCCUUCCUGGUGGGAGAGGCAGCCCGGUCUCUGUCCAAGGCCUGCACCAUUGCUAUUCGAUACAGCGCUGUGAGGCGUCAGUCUGAGAUCAAGCCUGGUGAACCAGAACCGCAGAUUUUGGAUUUUCAAACCCAGCAGUAUAAACUCUUUCCGCUCCUGGCCACAGCCUAUGCCUUCCAGUUUGUAGGCGCCUACAUGAAGGAGACCUAUCAUCGGAUUAACGAAGGCAUUGGCCAAGGGGACCUGAGUGAACUGCCUGAGCUCCAUGCCCUCACCGCCGGGCUCAAGGCCUUCACCACCUGGACAGCAAAUGCUGCGAUAGAACAGUGUCGGAUGGCUUGUGGGGGACACGGCUAUUCUCACAGCAGUGGCCUUCCAAAUAUUUACGUCACUUUUACUCCCGCCUGCACCUUCGAGGGAGAAAACACCGUCAUGAUGCUGCAGACAGCAAGGUUCUUGAUGAAAAGUUACGACCAAGUGCACUCGGGGAAGUUAGUUGGAGGAAUGGUGUCCUAUCUGAAUGAGCUGCCCAGCCAGCGCAUCCAGCCGCAGCAGGUGGCAGCGUGGCCGGCCAUGGUGGACAUCAGCAGUCCUGAGAGCCUCACUGAGGCAUACAGACUGCGUGCAGCCAGAUUAGUGGAACUUGCUGCAAAAAACCUUCAAGCUGAAGUGAGUCACAGGAAAAGCAAGGAGGUGGCCUGGAACCUGACCUCCAUUGACCUUGUUCGAGCCAGCGAGGCACAUUGCCACUAUGUGGUAGUUAAGCUCUUCACAGAAAAAGUCCUCAAAAUUCAAGAUAAAUCCAUCCAGCCUGUCCUAAGGAAUUUGUGCCUCUUGUAUUCUCUGUAUGGAAUCAGUCAGAACACAGGAGAUUUUCUGCAGGGGAAGAUCAUGACAGAGUCUCAGAUCAACCAAGUUAACCAGCGUGUAAAGGAGUUGCUCACCCUAACCCGCCCCAAUGCUGUUGCGUUAGUUGAUGCGUUCGACUUUAAGGAUGUGACCCUGGGUUCUGUCCUCGGCCGCUAUGAUGGCAACGUGUACGAAAAUCUGUUUGAGUGGGCAAAAAAAUCCCCACUGAAUAAAACUGAGGUCCAUGAGUCUUACUACAAACACUUGAAGCCGCUGCAGUCCAAGCUCUGAAACGUCGCCAGGGCCAAGCCUAACGUGCAGAGCCGCUGCGGACAUCUGCCUGGACCCCGCGCCCAGCUGAAAAAAGCGCAAAGCAAGGGAUAAAUUAACCCCUCUCCUCUUUCUAUAAAUGAAGAAAAAAUGAA